CCCUGUUUUGCACAGAAAUGGGAAGCCGCUCUGAAGGUCCCUCACACUUCCAGCAAAAAGCAGAUGAUAGGAAUCAUGAAGACCCACCAGCAUCCCAUGAAGAGAAAGGUUUUGAUAUGCUCUACACAAUUGAAGAUGCACCUCCAUGGUAUCUCUGUAUCCUGUUGGGAUUUCAGCAUUAUUUGACCUGUUUCAGUGGUACCAUCGCUGUUCCUUUCCUCCUGGCAGAAUCGCUGUGUGUUGGGAAGGACCAGUAUACCAUCAGCCAGCUCAUAGGCACCAUCUUCAGCUGUGUGGGAAUCACCACCCUCAUUCAAAGCACUGUGGGAAUUAGGCUUCCUCUGUUUCAAGCCAGUGCACUGGCGUUCCUGGUUCCUGCCAAAUCUAUCCUGGCCCUGGAUAAAUGGAAAUGCCCUCCAGAAGAGGAGAUCUAUGGAAACUGGACAUUACCACUGAAUACGUCUCACAUAUGGCAACCAAGAAUAAGAGAAAUCCAAGGAGCCAUCAUCGUUGCCAGUCUGGUGGAAGUGGCAAUUGGGUUGGUGGGCCUCCCUGGGGCCUUGCUCAGCUACAUCGGGCCUCUCACCGUCACGCCCACUGUCUCCUUGAUAGGUCUCUCCGUGUUCCAAGCUGCAGGGGACAGAGCUGGAUCGCACUGGGGCACUGCAGCACUGUCAAUUUUUUUAAUUGUUUUGUUUGCCCAGUACCUACGAAAUGUGUCUUUUCUCCUCCCUGGCUACAAAUGGGGAAAAGGGUGCACUCUCAUCCGGAUACAGAUCUUCAAGAUGUUUCCGAUCAUACUGGCCAUUUUGGUGGUUUGGCUGUUGUGUUACAUUCUGACAGUGACAGAUGUGUUCCCUCGUGAUGUAAAUGCCUAUGGAUUCAGGGCAAGAACAGAUGCCAGAGGGGAAAUCAUGUCAAUUGCACCAUGGUUCCGUCUUCCUUAUCCUUGCCAGUGGGGAAUUCCUACAGUGACAGCUGCUGCUGUGCUGGGAAUGUUCAGUGCUACUUUGUCUGGGAUCAUCGAGUCCAUUGGGGAUUAUUAUGCUUGUGCUAGGCUUGCUGGUGCCCCACCUCCACCUGUGCAUGCCAUCAACAGGGGCAUUUUUACAGAAGGAAUCUCUUGCAUAAUUGCGGGGCUGCUGGGCACUGGCAAUGGUUCUACUUCCUCGAGUCCUAACAUCGGAGUCUUGGGCAUCACCAAGGUGGGCAGCAGGAAAGUGGUACAGUAUGGUGCUGUGAUCAUGCUCAUCUUAGGAACCAUUGGCAAGUUUACAGCUCUGUUUGCCUCACUGCCCGACCCCAUCCUUGGAGGGAUGUUUUGUACAUUGUUUGGCAUGAUCACAGCAGUGGGGCUCUCCAAUCUACAGUUUGUUGACAUGAACUCUUCCCGCAACCUUUUUGUCCUUGGCUUUGCAAUGUUUUUUGGGCUUACCCUUCCAAACUACAUUGAUUCACACCCAAAUGCUGUCAACACAGGCAUUGCUGAAGUGAACCAAAUAUUAAAAGUGCUGUUAAGCACAGAAAUGUUUGUUGGAGGCAGCAUUGCAUUCAUACUGGACAACACCAUUCCAGGCACUGAAGAGGAACGUGGUUUAGUACAGUGGAAGGCUGGAGCACGUGCCAACAGUGACACAUCUGAAAAACUGAAGAGUUACGAUUUUCCAUUUGGGAUGGGUAUAAUUAGAAAGAUUCAGUGGCUAAAAUAUGUACCAGUGUGCCCAGUGUUCAUGGGCUUUAACUUUAGAACAAAGAUGGAUCCCACUACCUCAGAACAGAUACCAGAUGCAACAGAUAUCACAGUCAUAUGCACAAAGGUCUGA